AUGGAAAAUGCUGAUCAUCUUGUAGAAAAUCCCGUUGAUGAAAAGUAUAAACCACUUAAGACUUAUUUUAACGAUGAAGAAGUGUCAUUUUUGGGUGAGGAUAUUUCUGAAGCAUAUCCAGUCUUAGUGUCAGAAUCUGGUCAGCACUAUCCCAUGGAGGCUAAGCUCCGAUUUAAUUGCACGAACAACAUGGCCGAAUAUGAAGCGUGUAUUCUUGGUUUGAAAAUGGCCAUCGACAUGACUGUCUACGAGUUGUUGGUUAUUGGAUAUUUAGACGUUUUGAUUCAUCAAGUUCGAGGAGAAUGGGCUGUGAAGAACCCAAAGAUUACACCUUACGUACAGUAUGUGCAGAAGUUGUGCAAAAGGUUUCGCAAGAUAGAGUUCAGACAUACUCCCAGAAUACAGAAUGAACUGGCCGAUGCUCUUUCCACCCUCGCUUCAAUGAUUAAACAUCCGGAUACUGAUUAUAUUGAUCCUCUGGAUGUAGAACUCAAAAAACAUCCAGUCCAUUGUUCCCAUGUUUAA